AUGGGCCGAUCGGGUCCAUUUGCCCCUUGCGGGCGAUGCAAGCACCUCGCAUGAGACUGCCUCAAGAUUAAAACCCGCCAGUAUUCGCCGCUGCUGCCGAACGCGGAGGCGGAGGCGGAGGCGGAGGCGGAGGCGGGUGUUCUUAGCACGCAAGGCUACGGUGUCGCUACUCGUGCCCCGCCCCACGGGCAUCGACCUACAAGAACUCCAAUACCCUCCCAAAACCCUGACAAAACCUAGGGUUCUUCCCCUCGGAUUAGCAAUCUGUUUUUCUCGGCCUUCCUCGCUCGUAAUGAUGCAGGAGAAGCUGAGAUGCACGAAGGAACCCUAUAUCGAGGACGUCGGCCCUCGAAAGAUAAAAAGCAUUCGAUUUAGCACCUUUUCUGGUGAGGACAUACGGAAAUUGGCGGAGGUGCAGGUCUGGAAUAAUAGAAUCUACGACCUUAAUCUGAAACCGAUCGAGAAUGGUUUGCUUGAUCCUCGAAUGGGGGCUCCCAACAGACAAACUGAGUGCGCUACGUGCCAUGGAAAUUUCACUGAUUGUCCUGGACACUUUGGAUACUUGAAGCUCAUACUCCCUGUUUUUAAUGUUGGCUAUUUUAAUUCUAUACUAAACAUUUUGAAGUGUAUUUGUAAGGGCUGUGGUAGGAUACUUCUUGACGAGACACUUCGCAAAACAUAUUUGAAGAAAAUGAGAAAUCCUAAAGCAGAUAUCCUUCAGAAGAAUGCUCUCAUGAAGAUAAUUAGAGACAAAUGCAAACCUUGUCGUUGCCUCCGUUGUGGAUAUGCAAAUGGUGUGGUGAAAAAGGCAAGAUCUGGACUGUAUUUUAUUCAAGAUUUUAGCAAAACUGCUGAUCCAAGUGUAGAAGAAUUCCGUUCUGCAUUAUCUCACACAAAAGAUAAAACAUCUUUCCAAGUUUCCCAUGUUUUAAGUGCUGUUGCAGUUCUUUCUCUUUUCAGAAAAAUGCUUGAUGAGGACUGUGAAUUGCUUAAUCUUUAUGAUCGGCCUGAAAAACUUAUUGUGACACAUAUUGCAGUACCACCUGUCUCUAUUCGCCCUUCUGUCAUCGUGGAUUCUGGAAGAUCAAGCAAUGAGGAUAAUAUUACAAGCAUAUUAAAAAAUAUAAUCAAUACAAAUUCUAUACUUCGAGAGGAUCUUGAAGGUGCUGCCCCUCCAUUCAAGUGUUUGGAUUGCUGGACACACCUUCAAAUUCAAGUUGUCGAGUAUAUAAAUAGUGAAGCUCCUUGUAUUCCUGAUUCAAAACAUCGCGGGCUUGUUCAACGGCUUAAAGGAAAGCAGGGGCGUUUCCGUGGUAACUUAUCUGGAAAGCGUGUUGAGUUUACUGGAAGGACUGUCAUUUCUCCUGAUCCAAAUUUGAAAAUCACAGAGGUAGCAAUUCCCAUAUUGAUGGCCCGGGUUUUAACAUAUCCAGAAAGGGUUUCUAACUAUAACAUAGAGAAGUUGCGACAGCUUGUUCGCAAUGGGCCUUCCAAAUAUCCUGGGGCAAAUUUUGUUCUACGACCUGAUGGCUCAAAAGUGCAUUUGAAAUAUGUGGAUAAGAGGGAUAUUGCUAAUGAGCUGAAAUAUGGUUAUGUUGUGGAAAGGCAUUUGGAAGAUGGAGAUAUCGUCCUCUUCAACAGACAACCGAGCCUGCAUCGGAUGUCCAUAAUGUGUCAUAGGGCACGGAUAAUGCCAUGGAGAACACUGAGGUUUAAUGAAUCUGUCUGCAAUCCUUAUAAUGCUGAUUUUGAUGGUGAUGAGAUGAAUUUACAUGUUCCUCAAACAGAAGAAGCUCGUACCGAAGCUCUUAUGCUUAUGGGGGUGCAAAAUAACUUGUGCACACCAAAGAACGGAGAAAUAUUAGUAGCUUCAACACAGGACUUUCUGACAUCAUCCUUUUUGGUUACAAGAAAGGAUACCUUCUAUGAUCGUGCCUCCUUCUCUCUUAUGUGCUCUUAUAUAGGUGAUGCCAUGGACCCCAUAGAUUUGCCAACACCAGCCUUAAUUAAGCCCAUUGAGCUUUGGACAGGGAAACAGCUAUUCAGUGUUCUCAUACGCCCUAAUGCGAAUACAAGGGUGUUUUUGAAUCUUAUUGUGAAAGAGAAAAUCUAUAGCAAAUCUGAAACAAUGUGUCCCAGUGAUGGUUAUGUCUAUUUCCGGAACAGUGAGCUAAUGUGUGGGCAGCUUGGGAAGGCUACUUUAGGAAAUGGCAAUAAGGAUGGGCUAUUUUCUGUGCUCCUAAGAGACUACAAUCCACAUGCUGCUGCAAGUUGCAUGAAUCGCCUUGCAAAAUUGAGUGCCAGGUGGAUUGGGAACCAUGGUUUUUCAAUUGGAAUCGAUGAUGUCCAGCCAGGAGAGAAUCUCAACCAGCAGAAAAGGAAGAAAAUUAAUGAGGGAUAUAGAGAAUGCCAUGAACUUAUAUCCUCAUACAGCAAAGGGCAACUUACUUUGCAGUCUGGUUGCAAUGCAGCUCAAACAUUGGAACUUAAGAUAACUGGCGUGCUGAAUCAAAUUAGAUCUACAGCUGGAAAUGUUUGUAUGAAUGAACUCCAUUGGAGAAACAGCCCUUUAAUUAUGUCACAAUGUGGAUCUAAAGGUUCUCCAAUCAAUAUCAGCCAGAUGGUUGCAUGUGUGGGCCAACAAUCAGUUGGUGGGCGUCGCGCUCCCAAUGGAUUUAUAGAUCGAACUCUUCCUCACUUCCCUAUAAGUUCAAAGACUCCUGCUGCUAAAGGUUUUGUAGCUAAUUCAUUCUAUACCGGGCUGACACCCACAGAAUUCUUUUUCCAUACAAUGGGUGGGAGAGAAGGUCUUGUGGAUACAGCGGUGAAAACAGCAGAAACUGGAUACAUGUCCCGCAGAUUGAUGAAAGGUUUGGAAGAUUUAUCAAUUUAUUAUGAUCAGACAGUGCGAACUGCUAAUGGAUCUAUAGUUCAGUUUGUUUAUGGUGAUGAUGGCAUGGAUCCAGCAAAGAUGGAAGGAAAAGAUGGGAUUCCCUUAAAUUUGGAUCAGUUGUUCAUGAAAGUCAUGGCUACCUGUCCCCUUAGAGAACAAGACACUUUAUCUCCAGCAGAAAUCUUACAUACUUUGGAUGACAGGCUCUCAAAAUAUGAUACGACUCCUGAGGGUGGUUGCUCAGCAGCCUUCAAGAAAAUGUUGUCAGAUUUUCUGCAUAAACACGCUGCUGCGUUCAGUAAUAUAAGAAGGGCGCUUCAGCUUGAUGAAAAUCAUGUUCAGAAGAAAGAUUCUAGUGUUCUUGAAAGUGUUGCUGCAAAUAUAUCUGGAAUUUCUGCUAAACAACUACAGGUUUUCCUGGAGACAUGUAUAUUCCGUUAUCAUUCGAAAAAAAUCGAAGCAGGAGCAGCAAUUGGAGCAAUUGGAGCUCAAAGUAUAGGAGAACCAGGGACUCAGAUGACACUGAAAACAUUUCACUUUGCUGGAGUUGCUAGCAUGAAUGUCACUCUUGGGGUUCCUCGCAUCAAGGAAAUAAUAAAUGCUGCGAAAAACAUAAGUACGCCAAUUAUCACUGCCACACUUGUCUCUGACCGUGAUGUUAUAUCUGCACGUAUGGUGAAAAGCAGUCUCGAGAAAACUGUUUUGGGUGAGGUUGCUAAAGCCAUAAAGAUUGUACUGAAAUCCAGUCAGCCUUAUAUAGCUGUUAAACUUGACAUGGAACGAAUUGAAGCCUUGCAUAUUAGAAUUUCUUCCCAGUCUGUACAACAGGCAAUCCUGAAUCAUCCAAAAAUAAAAUUAAAACCUGAGCAUAUCCGUGUCCUUGGAAACAACAAUCUGAAAAUAUACCCUCCUGAAGCAGAUAGGAGUAAACUACAAUUUGAGCUGCAUUCUUUGAAAGCUGUGCUUCCAAAGGUUAUCGUGAAGGGUAUUGCAACUGUUGAGCGUGCAGUUAUCAAUAAUACUAAUGGAGUAUACAACCUGCUAGUUGAAGGUACAAACCUUUUGGCAGUCAUUGGCACCCCAGGAAUCAAUGGAAGUAAAACUAAAAGUAAUCAUGUCAUUGAAGUACAGCAGACACUUGGAAUUGAGGCUGCGAGACAGUGCAUCAUUAACGAAAUUCAAUAUACAAUGCGUAAUCAUGGCAUGAGCAUUGAUGCACGGCAUAUGAUGCUUCUGGCAGAUUUGAUGACUUACAGAGGUGAAGUUCUUGGAAUCACUAGAUUUGGCAUCUCAAAGAUGAAAGACAGUGUUCUGAUGCUAGCAUCAUUUGAGAAAACUGCAGAACACCUGUUUAAUGCUUCAUACAAUGGUAGGAAUGAUCAGAUAGAGGGAGUAAGUGAAUGUAUUAUAAUGGGCAUUCCGAUGCAGCUGGGCACCGGAAUACUUAAAGUUAGACAGAGGGUUGAGCAGCUUCCGGAACUUACUUACAGGCCUGAUCCAAUUAUAUGUUGAAAUCUAGCAAGCUUAAUGCAUCUUUGACAUGUAUAUGAACAGCAGUUCUUGUAUUGGAACUAUGCAAUCAGUAUAUGAUUUCAUACUAACAGGUAUAUGAAGUUUCUUCAUUAUGCACUUUUUGAAGAGGCAUAUAUGAAAAAUGCCAUGUGGAUUUAUUAAUGGGUUCGGUGAAACCUUUUAUGCUGAUUGUGAAGAAAACUUGACCCACCCCCUUGGGAUAUGUGCGCAACACCAUUUCAGCCAGGUAUGGCACAUUCGUAGUCGUUUGUCCA